GGGACCAUAACCGUGCAUAAGAGAACCAGUCUCGCCUUCCGUCCAUGGAAUACCCAUUGCUGCCAACCCCGACGCCAAGUUCGGGAGCAAUGAUCAACGUCGAGCGCUCCCUCCAUUUUUCCUCAUAGACAAAACGUCAAUCAUUAGGUCCAAUGAGUUCCGCGACAAUGGCAUGCGCUGCCACUCGGUCUCUCCGCCCUUCUCUCCCCCCGCCUCCUUCUUCAUCUUCUAGCUUCUUCUCCGGCGGGACUUCUCUUUGGUCCCACAAAAGUACCUUGAUUUCCCUCUCUCUUUCUUCUUAUUCCACUUUGUCUCAGUUUGGAGAGAAGAAUUCGGCUAGGCGCUUUCGGAGAUUGGUUGUGGCUGCAGGACCUGAUUUUUACUCCACUCUCGGGGUCUCCAAAUCUGCUAGUAGCAAAGAAAUUAAGGCAGCAUAUCGGAAGUUAGCUCGUGAGUACCAUCCUGAUGUCAACAAGGCGCCUGAAGCUACUGAAAAAUUUAAGGCGAUUAAAUAUGCUUAUGAGAUACUAUCAGAUGACAAAAGGAGAGCUUUAUAUGAUCAAUAUGGCGAAGCUGGGGUUAGAAGUACUGUAGGGGCUCAAGCUGGAGCUUACACGGCAAACCCUCUUGAUCUUUUUGAGACGUUUUUUGGGGCUGGUCUUGGCAAUUUCGGAAUGGAUGCAUCUAGCUUUGGGACUGGGGCAACAGGUCCCCGAAGAACGAGUCCCAAGGGUGAUGAUUUACGUUAUGAUAUAACCUUAGAGUUUAUAGAAGCUAUAUUUGGAGCUGAAAAAGAAUUUGUCCUUUCACAUCUUGAAUCAUGUGGCGUUUGUGAUGGUACUGGAGCCAAAGUGGGCACCAAAAUGAGGAUAUGCUCAACGUGUGGUGGCAGAGGUCAAGUUAAGAGAACCGAGCAAACACCUUUUGGCAUGUAUUCCCAGGUUUCUGUAUGUCCAAAUUGUGGAGGCAAUGGUGAAGUGAUUUCUGAGUUUUGUAGUAUAUGCUUAGGGAAGGGGCGGAGACGAGUGAAGAAAGAUAUCAAAGUCAAAAUACCACCUGGAGUGAGCAAGGGCAGUAUCCUCAGAGUUGCUGGUGAGGGGGAUGCAGGUCCACGGGGGGGACCUCCGGGAGACCUCUUUGUUUAUCUUGAGAUUGAAGAGAUACCAGAGAUUCAAAGAGAUGGCAUAAAUCUAAUUUCAGUCAUUUCAGUUAGUUAUCUUGAUGCUAUACUGGGAGCUCUUGUCAAGAUUAAAACAGUUGAAGGGACAACUGACCUUUGGAUUCCUCCUGGUACUCAACCUGGUGAUGUGCUUGUCUUGGCAAGCAAAGGUGCCCCUAAGCUAAAUAAACUCUUAAUACGUGGCGACCAUUUGUUUACUGUAAAAGUUAGUAUACCAAAACGUGUCAGCGCAAAGGAACGACAGUUACUUGAGGAGCUUGCUUCCUUGAAUAGCAAGCCUGUGUCUUGGAAUAAAACUCUUACCAACAUUCAGCAAACUGCUAGAAGUACGGAGAGAGAAAUUGAUUCCUGGUCUGCUGUUGAGAGAACUGAUGAUAAAGAAGAUAAUGACAUUUGGAAAAGAUUAAAAGACUUCGCUGGGUCACUUGCAAAUGGUGCCUUAAAGUGGUUUAAAGACAACCUAUGAAAUCCCUGCUGAACUCUGAGGCGAUUCAUUUAUUUAUGUUGGAGAUCAAUAUAGCUUCCAACAAGUUACAGGCUGACACUGCUGAAUGUAUUUUGAUACUUUAACUGUGGAAUGGCUGGUUGGGUUGAUUGAAUUCGAAGAUUGAAGGAUGUAUUUCAAAUGCUUAUGUUUUGGUUUGCUCUUGCCGAAUUUAAAAAAAUAUAUCUAAAAUUGUUGAUAAGAGAAAGGGAUGGACAAGGCCCUAGUCUCAAACUGGGACCUGGAAUUAAGGUUUUGAGCCAGGGACCGACCGGCUGGAAAGGGGAACCGCUCUCAAGUCUCACUUUCGAGACUGGUAGGUCAAGCCCGUUUUUUUUGGUAGUAGAAUAUUGUAAAGAAAUUUAAAAGGGGGAGAGUCCAUUUAAAAGCUAAAUAAAAGUGGGAAGUGAUGAAGAGGAUAUGGAGGGGGAAUAACGGGGACCAAUGGGUGAAUCAAAAUAGAUUUGGAAUCGCGAUGUGUCCAUCCCUAGUUGGAAUAUAUGCUUUUUUGUUUCAAAUAUAUUUAUUAAAAAAAAAUCUUAGUU